AGGGCUGGCGAAAGUGCACAGCGGGAGCAUCGCGCACCCUUUCCUCUUCGAAAGGAAGUUGCAGGGUCUGAAUAGCUCCCGGAGCCGGCGGCUGUAGCUUCCGUGCGUCAACUUGACACUGGCCCGCUCCUUGGCCGCUGGUCUUAUCAGCUGCUCUGCCGCCAGGUUCAUGUGGAGGUUCUCAGGCGUCCGCGCCGCGCUUCGAGGGGUCCGGACCGCGGUGGAACAGUGCAGCCCGGCCGAGGCGGCGACUGAAAGGGCGGCGGGCGCGAUGGAGCGAGCCGUAGUGCGCUGUGUGCCCUCCGAGCCCAAGCUGAGCCUGUCGUUUGCGCUGGCAGACGGCAGCCACAAGAACAUGCAGCGGGAUCAAAGCGAGCCGCUGGGUCGGGUCCUGAGCCGGAUCGCGACCAACGCUCUCAAGGGCCACGCAAAGGCGGCCGCGGCCAAAAAGAGCAGGAAGAACCGGCCGAACGCGAGCUGCGACGCGGACUCUUCAGUGCCUGGACCUGAGCCGGCUGCGGCCUCUGACCCGGUGGUGAAGCUGUAUUACCGGGAGGAGGCAGUGGCUGAGGAUGUACUCAAUGUGGAUGCCUGGCAGGAUGGCGCGGUGCUUCAGAUCGGCGAUGUCAAGUACAAGGUGGAGCGCAACCCGCCCGCCUUCACCGAGCUGCAAUUGCCGCGCUACAUCAUGGCGGGCUUCCCGGUGUGCCCCAAACUCAGCCUCGAAUUUGGGGAUCCAGCGGGCUGUCUCUUCCGCUGGUACAAAGAAGCCAGGCCCGUAGCGGCGGAGCUUGAGGGCGGUGGCCCCUCUUCAUUGUCUCCCUCUUCGCCGUCUGCCACUUGGACGGAGACUGGUGUGCAGGAGCGCGUCUACACCCCAUCCAACGCUGACAUCGGGCUACGGCUCAAGCUUCACUGCACACCAGGCAAUGGCCAGCGCUUCGGGCCGAGCCAGGAGUUGGAAAGCGUGUGCCAGGUGGAGGCGGGGCCUGGCACGUGCACUUUUGACCACCGGCAUCUCUACACCAAGAAGGUGACAGAGGACUCUCUCAUCCGCACGGUCUCCUACAACAUCCUGGCAGACACGUACGCCCAGACUGAGUUCUCCAGAACUGUGCUGUACCCAUACUGUGCCCCCUACGCCCUGGAGGUCGACUAUCGCCAGAACCUUAUCCAGAAGGAACUCACGGGCUACAAUGCAGACCUCAUCUGUUUGCAGGAGGUUGACCGCGCAGUGUUUUCAGACAGCUUGGUACCUGCUCUGGAGGCCUUUGGGCUAGAGGGCGUGUUUCGAAUCAAGCAGCAGGAAGGUCUGGCCACUUUUUACCGGAAGUCAAAGUUGAGCCUCCUUGGCCGGCAUGACAUUUCUUUUCAGGAAGCCUUGGAGACCGACCCACUUCACAAAGAACUGCUAGAGAAGCUGGUUUUGUACCCAUUGGCGCAGGAGAAGGUGCUCCAGAGAUCUUCUGUCUUGCAGGUUUCAGUUCUUCAGUCUACAAAGGACUCUUCUAAAAAGAUAUGUGUUGCUAAUACGCAUCUCUACUGGCAUCCCAAAGGUGGUUACAUUCGUCUCAUUCAGAUGGCAGUAGCCUUGGCUCACAUUAAACAUGUCUCAUGUGAUCUGUAUCCUGACAUUCCCGUUAUAUUUUGUGGGGACUUCAAUAGUACGCCAUCAACAGGAAUGUAUGAGUUUGUCAUCAGUGGCAACAUUCCAGAGGAUCAUGAAGAUUGGGCUUCCAAUGGGGAAGAGGAAAGAUGCAACAUGUCUCUCAAGCAUUUCUUCAAAUUGAGAAGUGCUUGUGGUGAACCUGCUUACACAAAUUAUGUAGGUGGCUUUCAUGGGUGUCUAGAUUACAUUUUCAUUGACUUAAAUGCUUUAGAGGUUGAACAGGUGAUUCCAUUACCUAGUCAUGAAGAAGUUACCACCCAUCAGGCCUUACCUAGUGUUUCCCAUCCAUCUGAUCACAUAGCUCUUGUAUGUGAUUUAAAAUGGAAAUAGAUGUGCUUACUGGCAUUUAUUUAAGGUCUGAAAGGGAAAUUAGUUACUUUGUAGGAAAUUUAACCCCCAAAGAGGACCUCUAGCCACUAAUAUAAAACCUUAUGUUCAGUAGGCCAGGGAUUUAGCUCAGUGGUUCCGGACACAAGGUCCCAAGUUCGAUCUCCGGUACCAGAAACAAAAAAACAAACAAAAACCUUAUGUUCAUUCCUUAGUAAUGUUCCAGAUGUCUUUGUCACAAGACUAUUCAUGUUUGCAUUGUAUAGUUUCUCUACCUUUUUUCCAUAAACUUGGAAGAAAAAUAUAUUUAUGACUGGCAAGAAGAAAACUGAACUGUGUACAUUUUUAGAAGUGAUUUUUUAAGCUGGUAAUUAAGAAUUUUUAAAAUACCCUUUGAAUGAUCUUUCAUAACACAUUUCAAAUUGAAUCAUGUUUCUAUAAUUAGGGGAAAGGAAUUGCACGCAAGUUAAGGUGGGAGACUUAAGUUCUGACACAAGGAAGGAAUAACUUCAGGGUCUGCCUCUACCUCAAUUUGGCUAGCAAUUUAUUACAACUUCAGAGCUUUAACAAAAGAUUAAAACAUACCAUCACCAACUUUUACUGCUUUUCCUUCAUUUUUCAGCUAACAAGGUAUUUGCAUUCUUUAGUAUUUAGUACAUGUAAUGCAUCAAUAUAAUUCUCACUCAUACUGAAGCUCAAUUUUUAGGAUGUAAGCACAGUUAAAUAUUCAAAGUGAGCAGUGACAUAUUCAUCAUCUUUAUUCUUGCCCAUGAAAAAUGUUCAUAAAUCAACAGGGUAUCUGACCAUGAUAUUAGAGGAUACAGCACAAUACAUUAUUUUAUGAGAAACUGUCUACCAAUACAGGCUGGAAAACUUCGGAUGAAGCAUUGAGCAUUUAUAUGUUACAAGAAUUUUCAAAAUUUUGUUUUUAUAAAUAGGAAAAAAGUAGGGUUAUUCAGCAUAUCUGAAAUAAAAACUGUUCUUUUUAUAGAUAAGCAUUAUAAUUCAGUUACAGAACAACACUGUAUAUAUAAUUCGUUGUAAAAGAAAAUUUAAAUAUGAAGCCAAACUCUUGAAAACUAGAAAGAAGGAGGUGGACUAAUUAGUGUCCAUAGGAGUAACCAAGCUUUACUAACUCAUUCAUCACUAUACCUUACUUUUUUCUUUUUUUGGUACCGGGGAUCGAACUCGGGUCCUUGCACUUGCGCAGCAAGCAGCAAAACCACUGAGCUAAAUCCCUGGCCCACUAUACUUUACUUUUAAUCUUUUAGCUGUUGCUUUUGAUGUUUAGGAUAACUGUAAUGUUAUCUCACAUUCUGCAUUUAAUCUCUAGCUCAAGUGUUAAAAACCUACUCACCUCAAGAAAAGCUCUGAGUCUUGAAAGCCCAUGUUUCAAAUUCUUUAAUCUCUGAAGCUAAUAUCAUAAGAAAUUGUUCUCUUGUUAAUGUAGUCUGUACUUUCACAUCCUGCUGUCAAAUGUAUUGUUAAACUCUUAGUUUAGUAAGCUUGAGAAUGAGGUUUUACCAGCACUUCAUAUUGAACCUUGAAGUAAAGUACUUGAAGGAAAAGAGUAAAGAGCCAUUUUCUUGGGAUCUUAUUUAGAAAAGACUAUAAAUGAAUAAAUUGAUGCUACCAAAUUGUGCCUUUGUAAGUACCAUUUUUGAGAGCAUUUCAACAGCAGUUUAUAAAUAUGCAAAUAAAUUAAAACCAGAAUCUGAUUCUUUUUACAAUAUA